AUGGGCAGCGGGUACGCACAGGCUGAGAGACUGACAGAGGCAUGGAGGGAGGAGGCCAAGGACACCAUUUGCAUGUUGCAGAAGCUGCUGAGCAGUGCCAGCAACCACAUGAUUCAUGAACUUGUGAACACCAUGAUUUCAAGCUCUCUGUUUUCCACCGGUGGUGGAUCUCUUCUCGGAGAAGCUGAAGCAGGAAACCAUGGGGGGAGGGCAGAGCCCCGGGGACGGGGGUGUGUCGGUCCAACGUGGGCGGGGCUGGGGCCAGGCGGGGCGGUCCCCGCGGUAUUUGGUUGGCCCCGAUGCCGCCCCCACCUGCCCGUGGAGCCGGAGCCUGAUCCCAAUCUCAGUCUGUCGGUCGCGGAGAGCGAUGCUGUCGGGGGGUGUCGGCCGCGGGGCCGGCGGGGGGCAAGGGGGUGGACGCCGUGCUUGGCGCUGGGGCGCGGCUGGGCUGGGCUGGGCUGGGCGCUGGGCACCGGGCACCGGGCACCGGGCACCGACCCUCAACACCACUGCCGCCCCGAUGCUGCACUCUUGGCGCCGCUGCGCCGCCUGGCGGGGGCCUCCCUGCUCUGCGCCUCCGUCCCGGGCCUCUGCGGCGGCCGGAACCCCUGCCAGCUCUACUGGUACCGCGUCACCGGCCGGCCCAACGGCACUGGGCCCUGCGCAUGCGGCUGGCACUACUCCCUGCCCGCCACCGGCCUCCUCCCGGGUCUCAGUGGCCCAGCGCUGCUGCUGGAGUCACCACACUGUCUGUUGGCUACACAGCAGCUGGAGAGGGCCAGGGAGACCCUGAAAGUACUGGCCAAAGGCAAUGGCUCCAGCUCUGACAACAGCUCCUGCCACAGGAAAUCUUCCACCUGGGUCUGUGGUGGUGGGAUGGUGACACUUCUAACCUGGGUCCCGCUGUCCAUGCAAAGCUGGAAACCCUGUCUAAAGGGGUCUCCACAGGCCUGGUACCAUGCCCCCUGCGAGAUCUUUGGCACCAGGGUCAUCUGGAAGAAAAGUGUCAUCCUCGGCUUCACAAUGUUUAUUAGCUCUGGCAUCUGCCACUGCUUCACCUGCAGCCUGGCCCCCCACCUACUCCACUUCUUUUCCUGCUACUUAGUGCUGGUGGACACCAAGGCGACUGCCUGCCUCUUCUUGACAGCUGAGCGCUUUGGGCACAAUGCUAUCCUCCUGCUCUGCACCCUCCUCACAGGCAUCUCCUCCCUCCUGCUGCUGGCCCUCACCCAGUGUGAGGACAGACUGGGUAUCCCUGCUCUCCUGGCUGGGAUUAGGAACACGAUGCUUGGGGUGGUUUUGUUCAGGAUUCAACCCCUGAUGGUGCUUUUCCCCCUCACCCAGACCUUGGGGGUAAGGCUAGGAACAUGGCAUGCCUUUGUUACAGGCCAUUAG